UUGUUUGCAAUCUGCUCUCAACUGGGAACUUACGAAAAAAGUGCAGGAGGUAAAAGAGUUUUUGUUAAAGGAAGCGAAACGAUAGUUGCUAUUCAGGACAUUCUCAGGUACGUCAGGACGGAUGAUGCUGAGUUGUGCCCAGUGCGUUGCGCACUUGGAAGAUGGAACGUUGUGAAUUCUUCUUUGAUUCCAUUAAUUUCUUCGCUUACCAUUCCCGAAGAUUCACGUUUGUUAUUUAACGCUUUAAAACUUGUUGUAUUGCUUACAAUGGAUUCUUCAUUUCAGUCCGAACUUUUAAGCGAACUUCAUGAAUUCUUAUCGAAUUACAAAAAAGGGUUUGCUAACCUUCAAGUUUGGGAAGUGCUGGCGAUUUCUACUGGCUUUUGCCUCGAGCAGCUAUCUCCUGGCCAAUCAGCUGAGGAACCUGUAGACCCUGAGCAGCAAUUGGAGUUAAUUCUGGUGCUUCUGAAAAACCUUCUUCAUAUAAAAGAUAAACAGCCUUUUCUACAUGACCAUCUUUUAACUGUUUUGAAAAAGUCGGAAAUGCUCGACGUUUUAGUCGUUGCUUUCGGCCACGUUAGCACUACUCCAUGCCUUCGGCUAUAUAACGCUUUGCUAUUGGAUAUUCUUCGCGGACUUUUAUACUUUCAAAGACCCGCUUUUCUUACAGAAGCGUCCAUCCAGCAGCCUUCAACUUCGGAAGAAAAAGUUUUAUCCUCGAACCAACCACAAAGCCAAUCAAAAACCGCCUCAUUUACCCAGCGCCAUUUACGAUUGGGUGGCAUUUUUUCGCGGGUAAGCAACACGGGAAGCGCCGUACUUGUUGGGAAUGGCCUUCAUUCUUUAAAAAAUGGGCUAAUUAGCGAUCAGAAAAAAAAACGUAAAGAAUGUAAAGCGAAAGAUUUUACGGAAGUCACUCGUGAAUCUUCGAAAUUUGUAAGGAGUUUCUUAAAAGAUUUUGUUCAAGAGUUCCUCAACGCCGAUUUUAAUACGCUUUUAGACUCCGUUUGGCGGGAUAUUAUAAGUGAGAGCGGCACGCUCUCCGAAAGCGAUAAGCUAAACUAUAUUUGGGCCAUUUCGUUUUUCUUGAAUUGUUUUCGCCUUUUCGAGUCUAAAAAAUUUGCUACAAAAACUUUUGAAGUUUCUAUAGUCGCCCAUGUUCUGGAUAUGCACCACGUUAACUUUAUAUUAAAAGUUCUUGAGGAGUUGAAGGACGGGAUAAAACUUUAUAAGGACGUUUCUCCAGGCACUAAUAAUAAUAAACAAUAA